GACACACUACUCAUCCUUCAGUGAUUUUAAGACUCUCUCUCUCUCACUCACAAAACCAAAAGGAAUCAGAGAAAUUAGGGUUUAAUCGCAGAAAUGGCAAUGGCUGGACGAAUCAGAUCGACUCUCCCUCUCUUCACAAAGGCUCUCCGCUCCGAUUCCCUCUCAGCUCACCGAUCUGCGCUCGCUCUCGCCGACUCUCAGUUCUCAAGGAACUAUGCCGCUGCCACUGGGCAAAAGGAGGAGCGGGUUAAGGUGCCUUUAGCUUUGUUCGGGGGAUCUGGAAACUAUGCGUCUGCAUUGUACAUUGCAGCAGUAAGAACAAAUUCUGUGGACAAGGUUGAGACUGAGCUUCUUGACCUUGUUGAGGCUAUUAAGAGAAGUCCUACUUUUGCCCAGUUCACAAGGGACCAUUCUGUCCCGGCAAAGACCAGAGUGAAGGCUAUCCAGGAAAUUGCAGGUGGAGCUAAAUUUUCAGAAAUUACAAAGAAUUUCUUAGUUGUGUUGGCUGAGAAUGGGAGGCUAAGGAACAUAGACAGCAUUGCCAAGAGAUUUGGGGAUUUGACCAUGGCAUAUAAGGGAGAAGUCAAAGCUAUUGUGACUACCGUCAUUGUAAGUUCCUCCCUAGGAUGGCAACAUUUCUAUUACUAGGAGUAUAUAAAACAC